AUGGCUUUUGCACAAGUUUUCUACAACCAAAGCUCUGUCUUGAGAAUCAAUGUUAUGGUUGUGGAUGAUGAUCCUGUUUUCCUUCAAAUCAUGUCACGCAGGCUUGAAAAUUUAAAAUACAGAGAUCCAUCCACUAUGGAGAUCACGGUUAUAGCUGUUAAAGAUUCGAGAGAAGCAUUGUCUACUCUUAAAAUCGAAAGAAACAAUAUCGAUCUCAUAGUCACAGAUUAUUACAUGCCUGACAUGAACGGUCUACAACUCAAAAAACAGAUCACUCAAGAAUUUGGCAAUUUACCGGUCAUAGUUAUGUCAUCGGACACCAAUAAAGAACACGAGAGUUUAACGUGUGGAGCGAUGGGUUUCAUUCAAAAACCCAUCAACGCAACUGAAUUAACCAAGAUUUACCAACUUGCUUUAACAUGUAAGCGGAAUGGUAAGUCCACCUUAUGGACCGAGAACAACCACAAUGACACAGAUGUUAGCAUCUCUCAGCAAAUCCAGUUGGUUCCUGAGCAAGACAAUCUCAUGAUGACCAAGAAGAAGAAGUUCUCACCUAGACCGGAUGCAAGAUCCAUGAACAGUUCAAAUGGAACUUGUGUUAGUACUGAUGCUUCACGGAAAAAUAAAAAAAGAAAAGCAAACGGUGGUUCUGGUGAUGAUUUUGAGUCUUUGUCGCAGCCCUCCAUGAAGAGUAAGAUUACGUGGACGGAUGAUCUUCAUGAUCUUUUCUUACAAGCUAUCCGACACAUCGGUCUUGACAAGGCUGUGCCAAAGAAAAUCUUAGAGUUCAUGAACGUAUCAUACUUGACAAGAGAAAACGUAGCCAGUCAUUUACAGAAAUAUCGACAAUUCUUGAGGAAAGUCGCGGAAAGAAGUUCUUUGUGUUCAAACAUGUUGCCGAGUAAUGGCAUAGACUCGAUAUAUCCAUAUCCUCACACCAGAGAGCCGUACUACAACAACUACACUUCUUCUUCUUCUUCUUGGUACGGCACAAGUCUCAACAAUAGAUCAUUCUAUUCCAAACCCGGACACGGUCUUGGACAGUCUAGACUCUUAUCCAACACAUCUGAUCCCGUCUGCUUCAGUCAGAUGCCUCACAGCUACAUGAACCAGUCAUCCACCUAUGAUACACACCGUAUUGGAUCAAACUUGACGCUGCCCAUCCAGAGCAACCUCAAUUACUCAUCCCAAAAUGAAGGAAGAAGAAGCUUUCUUGAACCAACGGCAAACAAAACUAGCCAAACAUCUCAAGCUCUCGGGUUUGAACAGCAUGGAUUAUCAGCUAUUAAUGGUAGUGGUUUCAACAAUAACACGUUGAUCAGCUAUGGAAGUUUAACUCCUAAUCAACUAGGAACUAACAGCUAUAAAGGUUCAAUUUCUACUCAACAAGGAAUGACCAAUGGAAGCCUGGCUCUUAAUCAACCAGGAAUGAGCGCCUAUGGAAGUUCAACUUCUACUCAACCAGGCAUGAGCAGCCAUAUAAGUUUGACUCCUAAUCAACCAGGAAGGAACAGCUAUGGAAGUUUAACUGCUCCUCAACCAAGAAUGAGUACCCAUGAAAGCUUAUCUCCUAAUCAACAAGGAAUAAGCAGUUAUGAAAAUUUAACUUCUAAUCAGCUAGGAAUAAACAGCCAUGGAGGCUUAUCUCAUGAUCAACCACGUAUGAGCAGCUAUGAAAAUUUAACUUCUAAUAAUCUAGGAUUGAGCAGCCAUGGAUUUUUAACUCCUAAUCAACCAGGACUUAAAAGUUAUGGAAGUGCAAUUCAUAGCGUAGGACUAAACAGCUUUGAAGGUUUAACUACUCAUCAACCAGGAUCUAGCAACUUCUCGUAUGGGUUGCAAUCAUUCUUAAACAAUGAGAACACUGCAUAUGAGCCUCAACCUCAUCCACAUGCCCAAGCAGCUGCACAGAAAAAUAUUGAAAUUCCUCAACAGGAGAAUCUCAGCUUGUUUGAUGAACUUGGCAAUAUUAAUGAGCUUCUUUGCGACAUAAGUAACUUUGAACUGGAUCACAACAAGCAACAAGAAGCGGUUUCUACCAACCAAUUUGAGCUUCCCGCAAAUGUUUCGACUGAAAUGAAUCAAUUUUUCUCUCUUGAAGAUGAUGACUGGACCUUUGUGAACACAAACCAGGGACAUUCUAAUGGAGAAACAACAAACAAUGUUGCUCCGGAGACGAAUUCUCAAACUUUCAACAUGAGCACUAAUCAUAAUCAGGAACAAGAUGCUCAAGAUUUUGUCGACUGGUCGUUCUUGAAUCCGGAGGACUUGGCUAAUGAGUACGACUUCAUGGACUCUUUGUUCAAUGGCAUGAACUGAAAAGGGUUCGAUGAUCCAAGAUGUUAGCGAGGGAGAAGAAAUUAAACCGGCAAUGCAUAGUAGUUUAUAUGCAAAUAUAUAUAAAAAGAUUAAGCGAA